AUGGGACGCAAGCGGGCAGCGUCGCCUGACGAUUCCAGUCGGGGGAAGGCGCCCCUCAAGACCGACAAGGUCAACGGACAGGGUGAAGACGGUCCAGGGGAAUUCGAAGAUGCCUGGGAGGAUGAGUACGAGGAAGAGGAUGUCGUGUCGUCUGACGAGUUUGAAGGCCCAGACGAGGCUGAGAAUGGACAGGCGACGGACGAUGUCGUCAAGUCUGAUGUAGCGCCGACUGCUGCGCAAGAUGGCACAGACGAGCUCGAGGCGUAUAUCGGGCAAGUCGCCUUGGCAGACGAUGAAGAGCUCGUGCCAGAUCUUUCGUCCUAUGUGCUCCUGCAACGUGCUAGCCUCUACUGGCCAUGCUUGUCCUUCGACGUACUGCGAGAUGGAGACGGCGCGGAACGACGGAAAAGUCCAUAUUCAGCUUGUCUUGUCGCUGGCACUCAGGCUGCUUCCACCGAAGCCCAAGCCAACGAAGUCGUCCUCAUGCGAUGGGAUAACAUGGUCAGAGUGAAAAAGUCUGAUCGUGAACUCGAGGAUUCUGACGAAGAUGAGAGCGACGACUCUGACGAUGAUGAGGACCGCGACGGAGCGGAUGAGGAGGCCACCUUGACCUUCAAGAGUAUACCACAUACUGGCGGUGUCAACAGGAUACGUGCAACACCGCUCAGGCUGCCCUACUCGACGCCUCCGCCCGAGUAUCCGGAGCCUUACCAUGUCGCGACUUGCUCAGACACGGGCAAAGUCCACAUCUUUGACGUUGCGCCUCAUCUCCAGUCGCUCGUCUCGCCUGCUUCCAUUGAUGGCACAAGCCUGAGCAAAGUGCCCCAGUUCACCCUCUCUGCGCAUGGCCGGGCAGAGGGCUUUGCCCUUGAUUGGGGUAAUCCCAUCGGCGCUUCGGCUACCUCUCAGCGACUCUUAUCAGGCGACAUCAACGCAAAGAUCUUCCUCACGACGCUGUCGCCUUCUGGCUUCAGCGUAUCUCCGCAGCCUUUCAGCUCACAUACGUCCUCUAUCGAAGAUCUGCAAUGGUCGCCAUCUGAGCCGACUGUCUUCGCCUCCUGCUCAGCAGAUCGCUCAGUGAGGAUAUGGGACAUCCGGGUGAAGAACCGGCGAUCCGUGCUCACUGUCGACGGUGCGCAUGACGCCGACGUCAAUGUCAUGAGCUGGAAUCGAGGCACAACCUACCUCAUCGCAACGGGUGGUGAUGAGGGUGGCCUCAAAGUCUGGGAUCUGCGUCACAUGAAAGGUGCCAGGGAUAGCAAGCCUUCGCCCGUGGCCGCGUUUGAUUGGCAUCAGAAGCCAAUCACUUCGAUCGAAUGGCACCCUACAGAAGACUCUUGUUUCGCUGCAUCUUGUGCCGACGACUCUGUCACCCUGUGGGAUCUGUCGGUCGAGCAUGAUGUCGACGAAAUGGCAAUUGGGCAGCCUAUCGAUUCGACACGCAAGGUGCCGGACCAGCUCCUGUUCGUGCAUCAAGGUCAGAAGGAGAUCAAAGAGGUCCAUUGGCAUCCUCAGAUACCUGGCACACUCAUCUCGACCGCACUGGACGGCUUCAAUGUCAUCAAGACAAUCUCAGUCUGA